GAGAACUUCCAAAGACACCCCUGCACCAUGUAAGAAUUUAUUUGGAUCCUGAUCCUUGGAUUAUUGGUGUUGUUUGUCAUAGAGUUUUGAACAUGUUCCUUUGUCAUUUUGGGGGUGUCUUUAUGAUUUGCAAAGAAUACCCAGUAGAGCAAUUUUAUAUGCAUUGCCAAAACCUAAUAUAAUGCUGCUGACGGGGCCAGAAUACUCUUUGGGGUUUUUUGCUUGGGUUUUUUUCUUUUUCAUUUCAGUCUUUUCUGUUUCUCGAAAGAGUUAGAGGCAGCAUUUAUGGAACCUUUGGCCCUACAAGUGUUGCUGAUCUACAGCUCCCAUCAGCAAGUGUGGCCAGGGGUGAUGGGAUUUGUAGUCCAGCAACAUCUGGUGGGCCAAAGGUUCCCUACACGUGAUAUAUGAUAUCCCCCUUUUAUCCUGUUAGGUAAUUAGGUGGAUGGGGGUUGUGUUAAUCAAAUACACACACUAUACUUUGUGGCUCAGUGGAUAUUUGAACCGGUGCCUUGUCUAUGCUGGCUCUCAGAACAAUACAUUCCUAAGUCAUUGCUUUUUCAAAAAUGCUUUUGAACAGAUGUUACUCCAGCCACGUUUGAAACGCCCGAGGUUCAUCCCGGUGACCCCUCCACAUUGAAUAAACCCAAGCUCCCAGUAAAAACUACAGAGGAAGGUAAGAAAUUCUCAUUUUGCUUGUUUGGGUUGUUCUAUAUGUUGCUGUUUGGUUUCAGGGCUGAGAAGAAUGUGAAACAAUUCCUCCUGGUAUCCCUAGUAUUAAAAAUUGGGGGGGGGGGGUGCAGUUUGGUGAUAUAAGAGCACAUGGUUUACACGCAAAAAGAUCUCAGGUUCAAUCCCUGUCAUCUCUAGUUGUAUUCUGUCGUAGCUUCUGGUAUCCUCAUUGGUGCCUUGUUUAAAGGCAUGGGGAAAUCCAUCAUUUGAAGGACUGAGGCAGGACUUCAAAGUCUUAUCUGUGUUUGCUUCCUCCCCCCUUUCCUAAAGGUGAAACGGAGGAAGAAGAGAGCAAAGAUGCUCUGCCCAGCCUGGACAGCUUCUUGGCAAAACACACCAGCGAGGAUAACGCUUCUUUUGAGCAGAUCAUGGACGUGGCAGAAGAGAAGGAGAGAGCCAGGCAUUCAUGGCUCUACGAUGCAGAAGAGGAAUUUGCCCAGGUGCGGGAAAGAGCUUUGUGUAUCUCCAUUAUUUAAAUAGCUCCAUGUAGGAGACUGAUCUUCCAUUGGUAAGAGAGGUCCACCAACAAAGCCCUCCCUUAAGACUUUUAGAUUGCGUUCUCUUCUGAAAUGAUCACCUAUGGUCCUGAAGCAUAUGCAGCAAACUCACUCUAGCCAAGCAAUCUGGUCAUGGUGAAGUGCUUGGGGCCUGUAGAUGAACCGGCUUGUGCCAUACACACACUCUUGACUUCUAAUGGGAAAAAAUGGGGUUAAGCCAUGUUUCAACACCAACCAUUACACAAAGUAAUAUAGUAAGGCAUGCGUAUCUUGUACCGUAUUUUUCGCUCUAUAAGACGCACUUUUUCCCCUUCAAAAAUUAAGGGGAAAUGUGUGUACGUCUUAUGGAGCGAAUGCAGGCUCCUUGGCUUCAGCGAUAGCAACGCAAAGCCUCCGGAGUGCAGAGGGAGGCUGUGCUCCGGGGGCUUCAGGCAGAUACCCGCAAGCCUUCGGAGUGCAGCGAGAACUCCUGCUGUGCUCCGAAGGCUUGCGGAUAGCCGCCUGAAGCCUGGAGAGCAAGAGGGGUUGCUGGAGAGGCGCUGCACAGUUUUCCUCUCUGCGCAGCACCCCUUCAGCGAAGCGGAAGGAGAAAUGGAAGGGGCUCCAUUUCUCUUGCCGCUUCGCUGAAGGGGCGCUGAGAAGAGAGGGGGAGAAUUUCUCCCCCCCCCCGUUCUCCUCCUCCUAUGGUCCGAUGCGUCCUAUAGAGCGAAAAAUACGGUAAUUAUUAUAAGAUAAUUAUAUACUCCCCAAGUAAAUUGCAGGCCCACUUAAUUUGCACCUUUUCACUCUUAUGUACUACUGUUUGUGCCCAUCACUAAAGAUCUCUGUCAAAUCUGUUUCAGCGGCACCAGGAGCAGCUGGCACUUCCGUCAGCAGAAGAGCAGCAGGCCCUGGCGAAUGGGAAAGCUGGGGUGGAGACAUGGGAGUACAAGGCUAAGAAUUCCCUCAUGUAUUACCCACCAGGUGAGCUCAGUGAUGUUGCAAGAGUCUCCAGCAAAUGGAGACAGCCAAAUGGACCUAUAGCUGUAAGUGUGUGUUUGUAUGUGCACACACACACACGCCAGACAGGAUUCUCUGCAUCUUCUUCCCUGUGUGUCUUCUCAUAUUUCCAUACCUUUUCAGAAUUAAUAAUUUUGUUGGGCCUAAUUGGUCAUUGCUGCCUGAGGUACUCUUUCUGAGUUCUAAUAUUAUGGGUUGGGGGGGGGGGGAUACUGAUUCAUUCCCUGCACCAUUGAGAGAUGAGCAUGGACGUGAAGGGAAGUUUUCUUUCUGCAGUUCUCUUACUGCACAUAACUGUGGCAUUGUGGGAAGUCUUGCUUCUUUUCUCUUGCAUUCUGGGAAGUCUCGCUCAUAAUCUUUUCUCUGCUUCUGCACAAGAGUCUGAGAAUGUUCUGAACAGUUCCCAUUGAAUUCAUGAAACAGUGUAUCCUGACCUGUUCUUAAUGCUUUGCUGACCACAUCUACGGAACGUGAUUGUUGUAUUCCUUCAUGUUAUGUUCUCUCAAUAUCAAUCUUUAGUUAUAAUUUAAUUAGGAGGUUUCAUGCCUGUCUAGUUCUAGCUCCAUUCCUCAUCCUUUGAUCUAUCAAUGAUAAAUGGACAUAUGUUAUUCCCGCCUUGUACCUAUGUUAACCAAUCAGCAACAAGAUGCUUUGUGUUUGUAUCAACCAAUCAGCCACAAGCACACCUGUGGCAAUGUUUGUAAUAUUCAAUAAAAGAGAGUUCCCGGGGCUCACCCCGGAGAGACGCCUCUCAUAUGACACCUGCCACUCGUCUGUCGUGAUUUCAACCCAACAUGGACGUGUAAUUGUGAGAAAACUCAUCCUCUAUUCUUCAAUUUGAGUUUUCAUUCUUGACUUACGGGAGUACAGUUUUCUUUUAAAAUUGCAAAUGGCAAGACUUUUGUUUGCUGCUUUGAUAUCAGGCCUCCGGUCUGUUGCUAAUGUUCUGCCUUUUCCAGGUGUUCCCGAAGAGGAGAAUGUGUUUAAAAAGCCACGGGAAGUUGUCCACAGAAACACCCGCUUCCUGAAGGAUCCGUUCAGCCAAGCCUUGAGCAAAUCCCAGCUCCAACAGGCAGCAGCCCUCAAUGCUCAGGUUAGAGAGCUGAUUUAA